UCUUCCCUGUGCGGAGCGAUCUCCAUCAAUAUGCGAAUCCGCCUGCGCAUCGAGCGCAACGAGCUUCCUCCCGUCGCCAUUCUUUGGACCUUUAGCGAAACACAGCUCAGCGAAACGAUUGCACAAUUCAUGGAACGAGUGAACGAGCGUUUUCCGCUGGAGGGCAAUACCUGGGGAUUCGAAGACUACGCCGUCAGUCUAGGCGGCUACGAAGCCCAACACUACUGCGAGGUGGGCGAUGCGUUUGAAAAGGAUGAUGAGGUGGUCAUCAGGCCAUUGCUGUUCAAGGAGAAGAGAGCGAGAACGAUUACAGGGAGAGACCAGAUCAGUGGUGAUGGCAGACAUCUGAUUGAUGGGGUAGCUUUCGGGAGGCCGUUGUUGAAGAGGGUUGUUCGUCCGGAUAUCAACAUCCCGCCAAGGAAGAGGCAGAAGCUGGACAGUGGAUCGGAGGACAAUGCGCUGGUGCGGUUCGAGGAUGUUGAUAGUGGAGAUGAUGACGACGGGGACGAUGACGAUGAAGAAGACGGCGAUUUCGAGGACGAAGACGGAUCGCUGGAUGGACGGGCGGUCGCGGAAGAUGCUGUUUCUGCAUCCAUGAGGAAAAGUGCAGAAGAUGAGAUCGGAGACAGCGGAGAUGACGAGGAGCAUGAUGACGGGGAGGGCGAUGCAAGAUUCGGAGCGAAUGCGACAGGGGACACAGCAGAAGACCUCAGCGAGGGUUCGUCAGAAGAAGACAGCGACAGCGACAGCGACAAUGACAGCUCCAGCUCCAGCUCCAGCGAAAGCUCUAGCGACGACUCAUCAAGUGACGACUCCUCACACGAUGCAUCCAGCAGUGUGCCAGUCAAACCGCUGUCCGCAUUCGCGGAGUCUCUUCCCUCAGCGCCAUCGGCUAACAACGGGAAACAAAAGUCACUGCCUCACGAAGGAGGUAAACGGACCCGGGCUCGAAACGUGCGGCGGCGCGAAGCGAAACGACUCAAUUACCUCAAGGAAGCGGGAUGUUUACCAGGAAAUGCCAGUUUUGACGACAUGGAUGCCUGGCUGAAAAUAAACCCCAUGCCCAGUAAGCUAAUUGCUGACAGAGCUUUGAACAACGAGAUGCUCGAGCGGAAGAGGCAACAACUGCUUAUCGACAUUGCCGGUGGCGGAGUCGAUGUCGACAGCCCGAAUGAUCAGCUGAGGGUGGAUCUGGCCACAGCAGUGGAAGAACAACCUCCAACCAGAGUGGAAGAGGGAGAAAUAUGGGAAGGACCGGAAGACGAAAGACCAGAAGACCUACCGACUAGUCCCGAACCGAUCACUCAGAAUAAAGCAACGUCCAAGUUCUCAAGAAAGCACGACAGGAAACCCGCUCCAACCUCCCCACGCGCCCGAAUCAAUCUCGCUGCUUCCAAUCGCCUGGUGUUCGGCUCCCUCGGCGUCCGCACGCCCAAGACUCAAGCCGAAAAAGACGCUCUAAAAGAGAAGCUCGCCGCCCGUCAUACAAAGGUCGUCGUUCCACCCAUCUUGCCUACGCUCGUCGAGACUCCCGCUGAGGAGGACGUGGAGCCGGACGCAUGGCAAGAGAAGGUCACUAUAUCCGCCGUAGAGUGCGUGGACGAAGGCGUAGUCCUUUCGGCACCGCCAUUCCCAUUUGAGCAGAGGUGGGACCCGCAGUAUGCUAAGAAGAGGACGAGGAAUAGCGCGCUUUACAAUGCUGGCAAGCGCAGUAAGAAGAGGAAGAGGAACGAUGGUGGCGAGGACUUCGUUGAGACGUAUGACAAGUACAAUCAGGACGGUGGCGGGGACGCGCUGAACUAUGAUGAUGAGGAAGAGGAGCUCGAGGAUGACGAAUACUGGGAGGAAGGUGCACUUCUUGACGGCGAUGAGGAGGAGAGUGAUGGCUUUCCGCCCUUGCCGGAGGACACUUCGACGCUCGAGUCUCUUGCAGAGUCUGAUGCGGCCGUGGGUGACUACAUCAUCUACACGGAAAUGGCAUGUUCAGCAGCAACAUCGUGGGCACCGCAAAUGCUGUCGCAGAGAGCCAAGGUGGACAGCAAAGACGAGAUCGAUGGAAGCUGGAGGCUACUGCUCCCGCAGCAGCGCAAAGCUACCCAGUACGAUGAGGAUGGCAAUCGCCUCUAUGAGAAAUUUGAGAUGGAAGGGUUCAACGAAGAUGACGAGGGUGAGAAGAAUGUGCUCUGGUCGGAGCUGAUGGAUGUCAAGCUACUGCAGCGUGGCGAGGGUGUGGUCGAGGUGGCGUGAUGGCGCUGCCGGGCUACGUAACGCUCGAGAACAGUUACUUUGCCUGGCUAUAUAGCCGGAACGGUACUGGU